AUGAAUGUAGAAAACCUCCAAGACGCUUCCAUUCAGUAUGCGAAGCGACGUGCACAGUCUAUUCAACGCGCACAAACGACAUCAUUGAGCGUCUGUGCGACAGAGGUGCAAGGCCUCGAUCAUGUGCAACGGAAGAAACGUGAAGAGCUUCAAAUGCUAUCAGCGUCAAGAUCCACAAAUUUCAAUCAGCAUCCUUCGAGUGGAUCUUAUCGCAACGAGCGCUUGGAGUUAUUGGAGACUUUGCAACGAGGCCCAGGCACCUUUGAGCCCCGCAGUGAUGACCCGAACUUUGAACACUUUGAGCCAUAUUCAAACGUGAAGCUUAAAUCUAGAUACAUUUCCUUUGCCAAACUACAACAGUAUAUGGAUUGUCGCUAUGCUAUUUCCCCCAGCACCCUUUAUUCUCUCACGUCUCGCACUGGCUCCGCCUCCUCUGACUACCAAAAAUCGCAUAAUGAUACCCUAAUGGAUGGAAGUUACGAAGUGCCUUUGUUUGGCGAUUGGGUCCUUUUCGCCGUGAUUGGGGAGAAAAGUCCUAUGCGAUAUACUGCCCCGCCUGAAUUCAAAGGCCAUUACGACGAGGCAAAAGAGCGAGUUGCCAAAAAGUACUUUGGCUUUAAACUCUUUGACCUAGAUACCAAGUUUAUCAAAACGACGCAACAGCUUCCUGGGCAUUGCAGGAUGAACAUGCUCGUGUUUGAGUCCACAGAUCCGUCAACUAUGCCCCCAUCCUCUGAACGGCAGGCAGGAGGGGCGUUUGAAAAACUAUGGAAGGAGAGAGAUGGUGUGCUAGUCGCUUUUUUGAAUCCAAGCAUACUAAAAAAGCGCAAAGGCUCCAAUGAACUCACGAUAUCUCCUCGUUCCGCCGACUCGAUUUUGGUUAUUGGUCGGGCAGAGCAUUAUGCACAGUGCCAGGCGCAGAAAAAGGACGGAAAACGAUGCACUUCUUUUGUCCUAAAGGUGCCAGGUAACACGGUCUGUGACUACCACUUGGAAUCGAUGAUUGCCUCGCAGCAACGCUCUCGCAUGGAAUUUGCAACAUCCACAUCAUCCCUUAUUCCACCACCAAAAAAUGUCCCUCGCAACUUCACGGGGAAGCCAAGUAAGCGUGUUCACUAUCGGACAGAUCUGUCAGGCUUAGAUGUGUCCGGUACUUCCUUGGACACAACGAAGACACCAAAGAUCACCGAGCCAGCCGAUCCUGAUGAAUUGGAUAAAAAAUUUCUUUCUCAAAUUGGGCAGCAUAGUGCCGCAGCCAAAUCAUUGCAUAUUGCUCAAGCUACUCUGCGGGGUGAAAAUGCCUCACGAAAAGGAGUAGCACAAUCUUCUGCUCAUGUCCCUGGCACUGACAGCUCUACAUCUAGGCUAUUGGCGCGACAGACGAUGACUGCAUCCGAAUUGCCGAAGGCGCAGUUGCGCUCGUCGCGAUUUCGAUCCAACGUGCUAGACCGUGAUGGGCCCGGCGCUAGACAUGUUGAGAUUUUAAAGCACGCUGACAUUCAAACGCCAGCCGACGAUCAUGACUAUGAAGAUGACGAUGACGACCUCAUUAUUUUGGACAAACCCACAUCAUAG